UUCCCCUCUAUCCCGUUUAUUCUCGAGCGCAGCCGACCAAAGAAUGAGUAGAGCAACGGGAAAAGCGUAAUCAUGUGGAUUAAUUACCGCUAACCUAAGUAAAAACUGCUUUUUGAAAUUGAAAAUGGACAUAGAUCGGCGGAUUCUCUUUCUCAUAGUUGUGUGCGUGUGUCAGGGGGUGCAGGUGACCGUCCGCGAGGACAAGCGCUACGCCAUGCUCUUCCAGUCGGUGGUCCUCCAGUGCCAGUUCCAGACCCCCUCCACCCAGACCCCCGUGGUCCAGUGGUGGUACAAGUCCUACUGCCGCGACCGCACCAAGGACGCCUUCACCUUGCCAGAGAGCCUGGGGGUCCAGGGCUCUGACCUGGGCCUCGUGUCCCACCUGGAGUGCUCCGACAGCGGCCGCACCGUCAGGAUCGUGGCCUCCGGCCAGGGAGCCUCCAUGACCCUAGCCGAGUACUACAAGGGCAGAGACAUCGCCAUCAUCAACAAGGCUGACCUGCGUAUCGGCGAGUUGCAGUGGGGGGACAGCGGCGUGUACUCCUGUCACGUGGUCAUCGCUGACGACCUGGAGGGGAAGAACGAGGCUCAUGUAGAGUUACUGGUGUUAGGUAGCCCAGGUAAAGGUGGGCUGGACGAUCUCCUGCCUGGCUUUGAUGUGGAGAUCAUGCCAGAGUGGGUGUUUGUGGGAUCUGUAGUCCUGGGCAGCAUCCUGUUCCUGUUGUUGGCGGGCAUCUGUUGGUGCCAGUGCUGCCCUCACUCCUGCUGCUGCUACGUUAGCUGCUGCUGCUGCCCUGACACAUGCUGCUGCCCACGCCACCUCUAUGAAGCCGGGAAGAUGGCCAAGAGUAUCCAGCCCCCCCAGAUCGCCGUGUACCCCCCCUACUACAUCCCUGGGGUACCCAGCAUCGUACCCCUCGCCCCCCCGUCCCUGGUCGACCCCAACAUGGUGUCAGUCCCCUCAUUGGACAACAACCUAGCCGGGGUGCGCAGUGGCUAUCGUCUGCAGCCUGGUCAGGGCAGAGACUCUACGAAGGUUCUGUACUACAUAGAGAAGGACCUGGGGCAGGUCCCUUCUGACAGGAUGGCUGCUCUCCAAUCAAGCAGCCUAUCAGAGCUGAGCUCUCUGCAUGAGGCCGGGGAGACGGACUUCAGGCAGACCUAUCGGACGGUCCAGAUGAACGCCCUCCCGCCCAUCACCGACCUCGACGACCAGUCCUUGCUCAUGGCAGCUCCACCCCUACAGUGUCGCAGGCCUGGCAGGCACCAUGGCAACCACACCAAUGAGGAGCGGGACAGCAGGUGGAACCCUCGCUCCGAGCACCUGCAGAGGAAGACCCUGAGCAGCAGGGGGCGCACCGGCUCCCUGGACGAGCUGGAGGAGUUUGCCCGAUCCUACGGGCCCCACGGGCGCCGCGGUGAAACGCACGACCGCGGCUACAACCCCGAGGUCAGAGGGCGUGACCGCUUCCCCCCCUCCUACCCGGACUGCAGCCCCCCGCGGCGUUACCACGACGACCUGGACGACGACUGGCACCGCCGUAGCCCCUCCCCCUUGAUGCAGAAGAGGCGGGGCACCUGGGACAGCGACCGGCCCUCCAGACCGACCCACCGCCAAGGUGACCGUGGCGACGGCUACGAUGACGGCUUCCUCAACAGCCUAUUAGAACGCAAGACGAGGGGCCGGGGCGGGGGGAGGGCGGAGGAGGACAGCGACACGCCUUCCAAGGGGAGUUCCAAGGGAAAGGGCAGCGACUGUUACUAUAGCCGGUCGCCUAGCAACAGACCCGAAGAGGAGGACUCCUUGCCUCCGUACUCGGAGCGGGAGUUUGAGAACGGGAGGUACCGCAAGGGCGAUCCCAGCGCAGAACGCUACCGCACCAUAGACCCGCCUCCCACGGAACGCUACAAGACGGUGGAACCGCCUCCCACGGAACGCUACAAGACGGUGGAACCGCCUCCCACGGAACGCUACAAGACGGUGAAACCGCCUCCCACGGAACGCUACAAGACGGUGGAACCGCCUCCCACGGAACGCUACAAGACGGUGGAACCGAAUCCUCCAGAACGUUACCGGACCACCGAUCCGGCCGCGAGACCGUUCUCCUACACUCGCCCCGCCCAAGGGAACGCCCACACCCUGCAGGGGGGGAGAGAGGAGCGAGACAGGAACAGGAAACUGUCAGAACCACAUAGGUGUCAGAUAAAACAGAUCCACUCAGACAAUGUGAACCACUACCAAACCAUGUCAGGAAAACAGGCCAACACACUGGAUGGACCUUUUUCUAUGUCAUCUUUAUCUCAUCGUGAUUAAUUGAGCUUUACCUGUAAAUGUGUUCAUGUUACUUCAUACAGACUGGAAAUGAUCCAUUGGUGCUUUUUUCAUUUUUCUACGGAUGUCUUAUUUUUUACUAUUUUAUUAUUAUUGUUUCAGUAAAGGAUACAAUAAAAAUAGCCAAUUGUAUGUCCAUUAAUAGAAUAUUGUGGACAUAUUUGCCAAGUUAGUAACUCUGCUCAUGACAAUGCAAAGGGAGCCUUAUGACGUUUCCCUGGAACUCAUUCCCAGACAUCACACUAACAACACAGAGCUGCAAGAUUUCUGUGGAUCAGCUGCCACGCUGCUUCACUGACAACACCAGGCCUAACUAACAGAGCACCUGUGGCAUGAUCGCAGGCAAGACUAAGUCUAACGUGUGGCUCUUGGUCUGUCUCCCUAACAGAGCCCUGCACUCAGCAGAGAUUCUCUCAUAGUGUGACUCAGACAGCGGAGUCCUGAGCCCCCUGGCCCGCCUGUUCUGAACAUUACACGCCACUCGUUUACAGCAGCAUGCAGCCACCUCGGAAAGACUAACCAGCCUUAACGCAGCAGCCAGGAAAACAGGGCUUUAACAUGACACUGCGAGGCCUUGACUGGAGGAAGGAAAAUGCCUGGAUCAAAUAACUAAGGAUGCUGAAAAUCUAAAGGCCUUGCUGGAAUUGAAAAUAUGUUUUGGGUGAGCGUGUGUGUGAUAGUACGAAAAUACAGAAUAUUCAUGAUCCGUGUAUCCAUCUGUCCUUACUGGGUUUUGUACUAAGCGGGUGAAGGCUUACCCUGAUAAACUCUUACACGGGCUCAUCGUUCUCUGAUUUGUGAUGACGCGUUUUAUCUGUUCGUCAAUACAAAAAGCACAAAAAUGUUGAUCCUGCCAUAUGAGGUUUCUCAGGUUCACUUGAUGUGUGAGUGAGUGUAUGUUAAUGCUGUACCUACUUUACAUUGCCUACUGAGCUUGAAUUUGUAUUGCAGAUUGGAAUUGCACUGUGUGUAGCUAUAGCCACUAGUAUUACAUUGUCAGGCUCUCUAGGUGACAUGAUGAGACUAUGGUUUGAUAUUUUGGCAUUCAGCCAUAGCCAGCAUUUGUACUUCACUCAUUUGAUACGGAUGAUUUUGAUAUAAAACACUUACUGCUUGUUUAA